CCUUGUUUCUGCUCGGCACAGGGCAUGCAGCUUGUGGCUUUCUUCACAUUCUUGGGAUAGCUUCCAAAAGUUGAGAGGGCAAAAGAAUCAAGACGAGAUGAAUUAGUUGCGCAACGUUACUUUUCUUAGUUUUGAUUCGCGUUUGAAACUUAGGCAUCAUGUUUACGUGAAAAACUGCAAAAUAGCGGAUUUAAUGGACUACACGGAUACAAAGAAAGAGGAACUUUUUUACAUGGGCCGGUAAACUGUUAGUUACUUACAGAACGUUAAUUUUCUUAGUUAACAAAAUAUAUGCUUUUUAAAAUUGCAGAAAUAGGCGGCUAAGUUUUGUGAAAUUUUGAAUGCCAAGCAUUGUUUUGCAUGUCUAUAAUUUCGUGUAAGGUUUUAAACGCCGUGAUCUGUUCAGAGCGGACACAUCCAUGUAUACAUCUUGUUUCGCACUGUUCACCAUGACUUAGCGGAGUUCCCUUCUGCUUGAGUACUGGAGAGAGUUACAUCUGUACCACAGAAUUUUUAUUUCGGUCAGUUUACAAUUUUUUCCCCCCACAAACAAAGGGAUACAUUCUUAAGCUCAACGCUCCCCAUAUGGUAUAUUUCAUUUUCAGUGGGUGAUUAUUUAUCGCAGUGGGGAAAUGAAGGGGAUUUUCGCAAUUAGUGUUGGACUGCUCUUCUUAGCCUGGACAGGAGUUGCCUCCGAAAACAAUGCGACUGAUAGAAAUGCAAAACCCUUCCUUAAUGCCAGGAAAUAUAUGCCAAGGCUGACUUCAAAUACCCAGGCUAAAAGAAUAGUUAAUGGAAACGUUCCGUCCAUCUCAGGAACAGAUGUGAGGUUGGUGGAACUGCAGGGAGAUCACCAUCAUCCUGCACAUAGGGAACGUAACGGACUGCUAAAGAGGAGACAAAACAAUCAACGAAACCUUAGCCAAACUGAAAUGGUCCAGGAUGAGGCCAGACCAGGGGUCCACCCUAGGCAGACCCAGAUGCCAAGCAGCAAUCGGUCUCCCAGCGUCUUGGCAAACUUUGCCGGGAAAAAUCGUGUGUUGGUCAUUUCUGCACCUCAUGCCUCAGAUGGCUACUUUCGCCUGAUGAUGUCCCUCCUAAAGCCGGAUGUGUACUGUGAGCUGGCAGAGAGGCAUGUUCAGCAGGUUGUGCUCUUCCAUCAGGAGGGCGAGAUGGAAGGUAAAGUGCGCCGCAUCACCAAUGAGGGCAAGAUCAUAGAGGAGUCGCUGGACACAGCGCUCAUCCCCAGACUGAUGAACUUCCUCAAGCUGGAGAAGGGAAAGUUUGGGAUGGUGCUGCUACGUAAAACACUGCAAGUAGAGGAGCGGUACCCUUACCCUGUCAGGCUGGAGGCCAUGUACGAGGUGAUCGAUCGGGCCCCUGUGCGCAAGCUGGAGAAGGUCAGGCAGAGGGGCUUUGUGCAGAAGUGCAAGGAGGCUGGCGUGGAGGGACAAGUCAUUGAGAGUGAUGUAAUGGGGACCCCCAACUCUGACCCCCAAGUGGGUGUGCCUGCUGAACGGAAACCACAGAAGAAACCAACCCCCAGGCCAGUUCAGACUACUGUGCUCCCAACAACCACCUUUAAAAUGACUACAACCUCAACAACUACAACCACCACGACUACCGCAGCAACAACAACAACCACUACCCGGCCCACUACUACCACUGUGCCAACCACUACGACAACCACAACAGCUCCUCCUGAUACCACCAUCUCAGCUUCUACUCCGGAACCCACUAAAGCUCCAAGGAUUAAUCACCGGAUUUCAGCGUCCAGAGCCAAGGGUGACUCUGAACUCCAACCUCUUACUAGAGACCUUGUCAAGGGCAGAAGUAAACCCAGAGCAACUCCUUACCCAACUCACCCACUUGAUUACUACACCAAAGCUUACACUGGCCGACAUGGAGACAAUCCUGCAGACAAAAAGAAUUACAAUAACGAGAACGCUGGUGUCACGAUAAUGAAACCUAGGCAAACUAAAACAAAACAACAGAAAACUCUAAGUGCUGGAACAGUAAGAACCAAUAAAUAUGAGGAUACAUAUACGGAAAGCAGACCUACUGUUGGACAUCCAGACAACACGGAAGUAGAGUCUGUCACGGCCAAAAAGAACAAGAACAAGGAUAACACAGAGAAGAAGAGGAAGGGAGACAAGACCGAAAAGUCGGUGAAGAAGGACAGAGCAGAGAAGAAGGCAAAGGCACCUAAAGAUGGGAAAGGAGAAAGUCUCACCAAAAAGACAGAAAAGCAGGCGCCCAAAAACCAAGAGAAAGACGAAAUCAAGAAGUCGUCAAAGAAACCACCACCUUCCAAGGGAGUUUUAACUUCUUUUAUGGAUUACUUUGAAAGUAGAAGACGGCUGCUUCUGAUCACCAGCCCCACUGAGGAGCACCGCAUGUAUGUCCAGCAAAGAGACGAGUACCUGGAGAAUGUGUGCGAGAUGGCUAUCAGGAAACUCUCCGUUAUAACCAUCUUUGGGAAUCUGGAAAACAGCACAAUGAAAAUUGACCAUUACCAGCUAGAGCAUGACAAGCCCAUGAAAGGCCUGAGAAAAGGGGAGCUUGUAAAUCAAGAUCUCAUCGCUGAGCUGCGAAAGGGGUUUGGCAUGACAGAUAACGAGUUCUUCAUGGUGCUGACCGACUUUGACAUGAAAGUGAAGCAAUACUAUGAAGUGCCUAUUUCCAUGAAGGCUGUGUUCGACUACAUUGACACCUUCACCUCACGAAUCCAAGAGAUGGAACAACAGAGGAGGGAUGGCGUGAUGUGCAAGAAAGAAGACAAGACGAGAUCUUUAGAGAACUUCCUCUCAAGGUUCCGCUGGAGACGCCGAAUAUUUAUCAUCUCUGCCCCCAGCGGUGAGGAAUGGGCCUAUCAACAGCAGCUCCAAGCGCUGAGCAGCCAAGGCUGUAACCUGGGUCUGCGUCACAUGUCCAUUCUGAAAUUGAUGGGUGUCGAUCCCGUGGACAUGGGUGGGGUGCUGGAGCUCCAUGCCAUAAACGGAAGUGCUACUGUGGAACGAGAGGGACUCUCGGCCUCUCUGGUGAGGGACAUCAGGAACUACUUCCAGAUUAGUCCUGAAUACUUUUCCAUGCUGCUUGUGGGGAAAGAUGGCAAUGUGAAAUCCUGGUACCCCUCCCCCAUGUGGUCGAUGGCCAUCAUUUACGACAUGGUGGACUCCAUGCAGCUACGCAGACAGGAGAUGGCCAUCCAGCAGUCGCUGGGUAUGAGAUGUCCGGAGGAAGAAUACGGAGGUUAUGGUUACCAUAACCAGGGUUACCAUGAUGGUUACCAAGAUGGUUAUCACCAAGGCUACGGUUACUAAGGAAAAUUCUUCAACUGUGGACUGUAGUUUAUUUAUAUUUUAUGUGGACUGAGCCAAAAUCCCAUUCUUAUGACUUAAACAGUCUUUCCCCAGUGUAUAAUUUAAAGCAGCUACACUUUUUCAAACUUGUUUCAGUAAAUAUUCUAAGUAAUCUGUUCACUUUUACUGAUGCAUUCAUAUAUAAAAUUGUUUUUACAUUUUUUUUGUCUUUUGUAAGGAAUGUACUACUCUGUGUCAGUGAAUAGAUGUUUCUGGUAUCUUUUUUUAGUUGUUUUUGGCUAUGUUGUGUUAUUUGUAUGCACAUGUUUUAUGCAUAAAUACUAUAUGACUUCAGUUUUUGCUAAAGGAGCAGAUGCUUUUUGUUCUAUACUGCCCUCUUCAGGCAUGUUGUGCCUCCUGCAGGGUAAUUGUCUGUAUUAUUGACAUAAGUCAAUAGCCAAGUAAUGUAUAUCAUGCAGGGGUCAACAGCAUUUUUUAUUCUGAAGGACAUUUUGAUCAAAAUGCAUUUUUCCCAUGGGCAUAGUAUAUAAAAAUGUAACCUACAAAGUUUUUUUUUAUUCCUCAAUAAAAAUAUUUUGCCACA